UCACAUACUGGAGAAAAACCCUUUAACUGUGAAGUUUGUGAUAAGAAAUUUACCCAGUCAAGUCAAAUUAGAAGUCACAUGAUGAUGCAUACUGGAGAAAAACCCCAUAAAUGUGAUAUAUGUGGAGAAUCAUUCCGUCUAUUGUCCAUGAUGAGAAAAUGGCUUAAGAGUCACAAAAGGAUUCAUACUGAAGAAAAUCCCUUUUAUUGUGAUAUUUGUAAUAAGUCUUUUAGUUCCUCUUUCGAAAUUCAUAUGCGAAAACAUACAGGAGAGAAACCCUAUAAAUGUGAUGUUUGUGGUCAGUCAUUUUCACAAUCAAACCAAAUAAAAUAUCACAAGAAUAAACACACAGGAGAUAAACCUUUUAAAUGUCACCUUUGUGAUCAAUCAUUUCAUCUAUCUAAAUGUAGUAUUUGUGAGAAAACAUUUGGUAGUUUACAUAGUUUAAAUCUGCACAUGAAAUAUCAUAAUGAUCGUCCGUUUCUGUGCUCAUAUUGUGACAAGUCAUUUGUUAGACAAAAUCAUUUAACGAUACAUAUACGAAUACAUACUGGAGACAAGCCUUUUGAGUGUGAAGUCUGCCAUAGAAAAUUUGCUCAGUCAAGUCAAAUGUUAUACCAUAUGAGAACACAUACUGGAGAGAAAGUGUUUAAAUGUAAUUUCUGUGGAAAAUCAUUCACAACAAAUUGGACAUUGAUGAAACACACAGCAAAAUAUCAUAGUUUACCUAAUAAUCAAAAUACUGGUAGCAAUACAUUAUAUUGCCUCCACAAUAUUGAUGGGGCUUUUACAAGGUCCCAAAACUAG